UUGUACAAGUAUUGUUCGUUCGUUGUACUGUUGUACAAGGGGGGCUUGUCUUGGGUUCUGUACAGGUUUUGCAAAAUUGGCCUAUUAUUGCUGAAUUUUGGGAUCUGAAGACAGGGGUUUCGAUAAUCGCGUGAAGACUUGUUCAAUUGCCACAAAGGUGAACCCUAGGUCCCUAGCCGCAAAUUUCGCCGCCUGCCGCCUGCUGCCAUCUAAUCGCCUCUACUUGGAUUUUGGAUCUGUUCACCUCCUCCGCUUCCUCUUCCUCGCCCUUCACGGACCGGACAUGGCUGCCUCCACUGUGUCCUCCUGGGUUCCGCCUUCUCUUCCCGAUCCCGAGUCCUCCUCCGCCGCCGCCUCAGGCUUGGUCCUCCUCGACAGGAGGUGCUACAUCGCCGACCUCCCCAACAACACCACCGCCGAGAGCACCACGAGCCGCGGCUUGCCUAUCAAGGUGACCUUCCGCGCCGCCCGCCCGCCACUUGUCUCCCACUUCUGUGUCCACUGCCCUGGCCUGGACUUCCGCUGCAUAGGGCCCAACAUUGUCGCCACCGACGCAGAUCUCGUCCUCCUCCACGUUCCCGUCGACCCCAGCAGCACCUUCAGAGGAUUGGACUGGGACUACUUCGUCUACAGCCCGCGCUCCCAGUGGCUAGAUCUGCUACCCAACCCUGACCCCAAGUGUCUCGACCACAAAGCAACUGCGCUCAUUAGCCGCGACGACGGCGCUUGGUAUGCCGUCGCUGCUCUCGGUGGUAGGGCCCCCCUGUACGACGGCGGCGCGCUCAUUAGGUGGGAGUUCGACCUCCACCUGUACAGAUCCUCAUCAGUUUCCAAAAGGUGGAUCUCCAGGCGAUUGUCAGUGAGUGAGUUCGAGAGGGACAAGCUCAUCCCUCUACCUGAAGAAGUCGACAGGCUGUACCACGAGACGGAAAAGACCAUCACCAUUGGUGGUCAGCAUGGCACGGUCGCCUGGGUGGACCUCUGGCGUGGCAUCUUCUUCUGCGACGUGCUCAAGCAAUGCCCACUGCUCCAGGAUGUCCCGCUGCCGGCGCCGGCAAGGGGUAACUGGGAGCGCAUCCUCACAAAUUUUGACCCCAGCGUUUUGCGGGACGUAACUGUCAGCCGAAACAAAGAUUGGAUCAAGUAUGUUGAGCUGGAAUUCUUGUCACGAGAAGAGCUGAAUCCCACCCCUGUUUCCUACACUGACUGGGUGCGCAGUAACAAAAGGAAAUACAAGGUCGUCCCUGAUGGCUGGAAGUCCACAACAUGGAACAUGGCAAUACCAGUUGGUUCGUCGGAGGGCUGGCACCGUGACUGUGUAGUUGACGUUAAAGACGUCAGCUUGGAGGCUACUGACCCAUGUCUUUCUGAUCGCAUGGCUACGCUGAGCAGCAAGACCGCACGAACAUUGAAGGAAUUUCCUGUGGCAUACCCCAUCCUAAGCAUGGAUGAUGAUGUCGUUUACUUGCUUUCUCGGACCAGACCCAGGGACAUGGACAAGUUGGCACUGAUGUUUGCUAUUGAUUUGAGGAAGGCAACAUUGCGAGGAUUGGCUGAGCUUGAUGUCCAGAAGUUCAUUUUCUUGUGUAACUUCUGUGCAAGUGAGAUCUGCAGGGGUACAUGAGCAAUAUUAAGAAGCGAAGCACUGAAGCGAGCUGAAAAGUAGCUAUCAAACAAACUGAACAGGGUAAACCACUAAACCAUCUGAGGUGCAUGCAAGAACUGGCUAGGACAAAGAAGCGUCAACCUGUUUGUUGAAACAUGGUACAAAGAAUCUGGAUGCAGACAUUGGAGAUUGAACUUCUUGAGUUGAUUUAUGAAAAUUAUGUGUAAUGCAACUAUCUGGAUUAUGUUGCUUGCAGUAUGCAGAUACACGUACUUUUUUAUGUACUAGUGGACUUGUGUGGGCUAAAUGUUCUGGUUGAACCAUGUUUUUAUGUGUUUUGAUUUGGUUUUAAAUUUUUCUGUAUGCACAUUUUCUCUCUUGUUCCUGG